GGGGCUGAGUUGCUUUCCCUGUGAGGUUGACCUGUUAGUGUCCGGAGGGGACUGGGGGUCGCUGUGGGAUUGUUUGCUGGGGAUGGGACGGUGGGGCUGCGGGGCUGCACUCUGGCUACUGGCGGCUUGGCUACUGCAGGGCCCGGUGUCUGCAGAGGAACCUGAGCAAAUACCAACCAGCAACGUGACGGUGGAGAACCAAGGGAGCACAACCUCUCUGAAGGUGACCUGGCACACUCCGCCUGGCAAUGUGGAGAAUUAUACCAUCCACGUCCAAGAUUAUCGGAACCUUUCAGCCUAUGACAAGACCUUCACCGUGUUCCCCCAAAACACAUCACACACAAUCAUCAACCUACAGCCUGGCCGCUGCUACAACAUCACUGUGGCUACCAACAGUGGGCCCCACAGCAUCGCAUCUGAACCUGUAUCAGGUUGUACCAUUCCCAGUCUUCCUGGACCCAUCAAAGUGUUGAGUGUCAAUACCAGCGCCAUCUCCCUGACCUGGGGAGAACCUGCAAACAUGACUGCAGGGACUUACAACUUCAAUGUCACCUCCCGGAGUCACGCUUCUGACGCUCAGAAUCUCACUGCAAUAAACAACAGCAUCGUGAUUGCCCACCUAACGGCUGGAACUGAGUACAAUAUCUCUGUGGCCACCAUCGGAGCAAACUCACUGCAGAGCAAUUUUCUGUCAGUGACUCAGUACACAGAACCUGAGCAAAUACCAACCAGCAACGUGACGGUGGAGAACCAAGGGAGCACAACCUCUCUGAAGAUGACCUGGCACACUCCGCCUGGCAAUGUGGAGAAUUAUACCAUCCACGUCCAAGAUUAUCGGAACCUUUCAGCCUAUGACAAGACCUUCACCGUGUUCCCCCCAAACACAUCAUACACAAUCAUCAACCUACAGCCUGGCCGCUGCUACACCAUCACUGUGGCUACCAACAGUGGGCCCCACAGCAUCGCAUCUGAACCUGUAUCAGGUUGUACCAUUCCCAGUCUUCCUGGAUCCAUCAAAGUGUUGAGUGUCAAUACCAGCGCCAUCUCCCUGACCUGGGGAGAACCUGCAAACAUGACUGCAGGGACUUACAACUUCAAUGUCACCUCCCGGAGUCACGCUUCUGACGCUCAGAAUCUCACUGCAAUAAACAACAGCAUCGUGAUUGCCCACCUAACGGCUGGCACUGAGUACAAUAUCUCUGUGGCCACCAUCGGAGCAAACUCACUGCAGAGCAAUUUUCUGUCAGUGACUCAGUACACAGAACCUGAGCAAAUACCAACCAGCAACGUGACGGUGGAGAACCAAGGGAGCACAACCUCUCUGAAGGUGACCUGGCACACUCCGCCUGGCAAUGUGGAGAAUUAUACCGUCCAUGUCCAAGAUCAUCAGAACCUUUCAGCCUAUGACAGGACCUUCACCGUGUUCCCCCCAAACACAUCAUAUACAAUCAGCGACGUACAGCCUGGCCGCUGCUACAACAUUACUGUGGCUACCAACAGUGGGCCCCACAGCAUCGCAUCUGAACCUGUAUCAGGUUGUACCAUUCCCAGUCUUCCUGGACCCAUCAAAGUGUUGAGUGUCAAUACCAGCGCCAUCUCUCUGACCUGGGGAGAACCUGCAAACAUGACUGCAGGGACUUACAACUUCAAUGUCACCUUCCGGAGCCACGCUUCUGACGCUCAGAAUCUCACCGCAAUAAACAACAGCAUCGUGAUUGACCACCUAACGGCUGGCACUGAGUACAACAUCUCUGUGGCCACCAUCGGAGCAAACUCACUGCAGAGCAAUUUUCUGUCAGUGACUCAGUACACAGAACCUGAGCAAAUACCAACCAGCAACGUGACGGUGGAGAACCAAGGGAGCACAACCUCUCUGAAGGUGACCUGGCACACUCCGCCUGGCAAUGUGGAGAAUUAUACCGUCCAUGUCCAAGAUCAUCAGAACCUUUCAGCCUAUGACAGGACCUUCACCGUGUUCCCCCCAAACACAUCAUAUACAAUCAGCGACGUACAGCCUGGCCGCUGCUACACCAUCACUGUGGCUACCAACAGUGGGCCCCACAGCAUCUCAUCUGAACCUGUAUCAGGUUGUACCAUUCCCAGUCUUCCUGGAUCCAUCAAAGUGUUGAGUGUCAAUACCAGCGCCAUCUCUCUGACCUGGGGAGAACCUGCAAACAUGACUGCAGGGACUUACAACUUCAAUGUCACCUUCCGGAGCCACGCUUCUGACGCUCAGAAUCUCACCGCAAUAAACAACAGCAUCGUGAUUGACCACCUAACGGCUGGCACUGAGUACAACAUCUCUGUGGCCACCAUCGGAGCAAACUCACUGCAGAGCAAUUUUCUGUCAGUGACUCAGUACACAGAACCUGAGCAAAUUCCAACCAGCAACAUGACGGUGGAGAACCAAGGGAGCACAACCUCUCUGAAGGUGACCUGGCACACUCCGCCUGGCAAUGUGGAGAAUUAUACCAUCCACGUCCAAGAUCAUCGGAACCUUUCAGCCUAUGACGAGACCGUCACCGUGUUACCCCCAAACACAUCAUACACAAUCAUCAACCUACAGCCUGGCCGCUGCUACAACAUCACUGUGGCUACCAACAGUGGGCCCCACAGCAUCGCAUCUGAACCUGUACCAGGUUGUACCAUUCCCAGUCUUCCUGGAUCCAUCAAAGUGUUGAGUGUCAAUACCAGCGCCAUCUCCCUGACCUGGGGAGAACCUGCAAGCAUGGCUGCAGGGACUUACAACUUCAAUGUCACCUUCCGGAGCCACGCUUCUGACGCUCAGAAUCUCACCGCAAUAAACAACAGCAUCGUGAUUGACCACCUAACGGCUGGCACUGAGUACAACAUCUCUGUGGCCACCAUCGGAGCAAACUCACUGCAGAGCAAUUUUCUGUCAGUGACUCAGUACACAGAACCUGAGCAAAUACCAAUCAGCAACGUGACGGUGGAGAACCAAGGGAGCACAAACUCUCUGAAGGUGACCUGGCACACUCCGCCUGGCAAUGUGGAGAAUUAUACCAUCCACGUCCAAGAUUAUCGGAACCUUUCAGCCUAUGACGAGACCGUCACCGUGUUACCCCCAAACACAUCAUACACAAUCAUCAACCUACAGCCUGGCCGCUGCUACACCAUCACUGUGGCUACCAACAGUGGGCCCCACAGCAUCGCAUCUGAACCUGUAUCAGGUUGUACCAUUCCCAGUCUUCCUGGACCCAUCAAAGUGUUGAGUGUCAAUACCAGCGCCAUCUCCCUGACCUGGGGAGAACCUGCAAACAUGACUGCAGGGACUUACAACUUCAGUGUCACCUCCCGGAGCCACGCUUCUGACGCUCAGAAUCUCACCGCAAUAAAAAACAGCAUUGUGAUUGACCACCUAACGGCUGGCACUGAGUACUACAUCUCUGUGGCUACUAUCGGAGCAAACUCACUGCAGAGCAAUUUUCUGUCAGUGACUCAGUACACAGAACCUGAGCAAAUACCAAUCAGCAACAUGACGGUGGAGAACCAAGGGAGCACAACCUCUCUGAAGGUGACCUGGCACACUCCGCCUGGCAAUGUGGAGAAUUAUACCAUCCAUGUCCAAGAUCAUCGGAACCUUUCAGCCUAUGACAGGACCUUCACCGUGUUCCCCCCAAACACAUCAUACACAAUCAUCAACCUACAGCCUGGCCGCUGCUACACCAUCACUGUGGCUACCAACAGUGGGCCCCACAGCAUCGCAUCUGAACCUGUAUCAGGUUGUACCAAGCCAAACCCAGUGACGAACGUGCAAGUUACGGACAUCAACAGCACCUCUGUCAAACUGCAGUGGGAUGAGCCCCUGGGGGCAGACACUUCCUAUACAUACCGUGUGCAGACAGAGGGAUACAAUCAGAGUGGCCCGAAACUAACUGUUACCGUGCCUCAACUCAAGCCAGGAAAGAACUUCGCUUUCUCUGUCUUUAGCCAGACUGAAAACGGGAUGGAAGGAAGCCCAGCUACCAAGUUCGCAUGCACUGACGCGGCGAGUGUUGACAGUUUUACGUGUGAGCCAGUGGAGAGGCAGGACCAGCUGGCACUGGCCUGGGACUGCCCAGAGGGAGAGUACAUCAGCUUCAGGGUGCAAGCCUCCCCGCUCAGCAUGGCCACCGGGUCCAAUGUCACCAAAACCUACUCUCAGUGCCCCACGGGCAGCACAGAGAACUUGACCGGCUUGCGGUUUGGUACCAAAUACGAACUCUCCAUCAUCAGCACAUCCUGCGGCAGGAACAGCCAGCCUGUCAGCAAGCUCUGCCAGACCAGCAUCACAGACCCUCCCAAGCCGGCUGAGCGACUGCCGGUUACACAACUCACCGUGUCACACAACUCGCUGGUGUUCACCUUCUUGGACAACAGCUUCGAUUCCACAAAUGGGCGGAUCCAGGCCAUCGCUGUGGUGGUGGGGACAGAGAAGGAUCGUGGCAAUGAACCUGACAAAAGCAGCAUAGGGAACAUGUACAGCGACAACGCGGCCGCCUACAUCACGUACCUGGUAAACCGCACACAGACAGCGCGGGCCAGCAACAUCACCCACACUGUCACCGUGGGGAACGGAGAGAAGGUACUGGCCGACUACAAUGGCAAACUGCAUCCCCUCAGCAAAUACAGACUCAGUCUGGUUGGAUUUACACAUUUGAAGCUGACAAACGCAAACAGAAUUAAUAUAACACAAUCCUUCUUCACCUCAUACCUUUACUCCAACCAGAUCCAAACUCCGCAAGACCCAGGUGUUAUUGCUGGGGCUGUUGUCGGGACUCUCCUGGGCUUGGCUGUUGUUUUGCUCCUGGUCUUCGGUCUGUUUUACUGGAGGAGACGGCGGAAACAGGAGAGAAAGGACGAGGUUAUAGUUCCUAUCACUGAUAUCAGAGUGGCAAGAAAUGUUAUCCAGGUGGAUCACUUUGAGAAUUACUACAACAAGCAACAUGCUGACACGGACUGUGGAUUCGCUGAGGAAUUCGAGGACCUGAAACCCUUGGGGACCAAACAAUCCACCCACGCAGCACAGGAGGCCAGCAACAGAGCCAAGAACCGUUACAAUAAUGUCCUGCCCUACGAUGUGAGUCGUGUGAAGCUCUCAAACCCUGCAAGUGAUUACAUCAAUGCCAACUUAGUGCCAGGCUAUAACAGGCCUAGAGAGUUCAUAGCUGCGCAGGGCCCGCUGCCGGGCACGGUGGUUGAUUUCUGGCAGAUGGUGUGGGAGAAGCGGGUGCCGGCGAUCGUCAUGCUGACCAAGUGUGUGGAGCAAGGCCGGACUAAGUGUGAGGAGUACUGGCCUACAGACCAGCCUCUGACCAUCAACAACACAACCGUCUCCCUCACCUCCGAGAUCCUUCUCACUGACUGGACCAUCAGAGAUUUCAAGCUGGAGAAGGCCACGUCCGGGGAGCGUCGCACUGUCCGCCACUUCCAUUUCUUGGCCUGGCCUGACCACAACGUUCCCAACAACACCCAACUGCUGCUCGACUUCAGGGACCUGGUGCGGCAAUAUCUGGACCAGCACCCAGGAGGCCCCACUGUGGUGCACUGCAGUGCCGGUGUGGGCCGAACAGGGACGUUUAUCUCUGUUGAUCGGCUGAUGUACCAGAUUGACAAUGAUAACAGUGUGGAUAUCUUCGGGACAGUGUGUGACCUCCGCAUGCACCGAACGCUGAUGGUCCAAACUGAGUCUCAGUAUGUCUUCCUGAAUCGCUGUGCGAAAGAUUACAUCGAGUCACGGAGAAGCCAAGGCACCAACAGCAUUUAUGAGAAUGCACCCGAUCUCAUUUACCAGAACUACUCCGCUGUCCAGAGCCACGGCACAGCCAACGGCCAUGCCGUAUAACCCACACAACAGUCACACACACACACACCAGUCUCAUACACACGCGCAAGCCAGUCGCACACGCCAGUCACACACGCACACACCAGUCACACACGCACACCAGGCCAGUCACACACACACACACCAGGCCAGUCACACACACACACGCGCCAGUCACAAGAUGUGCCUGGAUCUACUUUUAAUGUUUGAUAUUCUUGAAACAGAUGUUUAGUGAACAUUCUGGAACCAAGGGAAUCAACCCUGCACCCCCUUCCCCCCCCCCCGACAAUCUAGGGUGCCCCUGGGAAGGGGGGGGUGCGUGCGUUAGUGUGGGAGUUAUUGUGUUCAAAGCACUGACACUGAAUGUGGAGUGGCUGAUGUGGAGCCUCUGUCCCAUGGAGCCUGAGCCUUGUUAUACUGAGCACUUUACACACAAGGUUUAACUAAAGACUGCACUGACCCAACUUAGUCCUCGUUGUGUGUCUGACUGUGUGUGUGUGAGAGAGAGAGAAACUGUGUCUGUCUGACUCUGUGUGUGUGUGUGUGUGUGUAUGUGUGUGUGUCUGACAUUGUGAGAUAGCAGCAAUUAGAGGUUUUAAAUGUUAGGGUUUUUGUUCAGGUUGUAUAUUUUGAAUCCACUCUGAUAGUAUAAUAAUGUGAAUAAUUGUGUAUAUAUGCUGGUAUGACACUCUGCAGUGCCACCCAGUGACCCACUGCCAGCUCUGACUGGGAACAGGUGGCACAGGCAGCCAGACCGGCGAGACCACAAAUGCCCUGUUCAGUACUAACACUGAGACAGACUGAUUUGAAAUUUCAAUAGUUUAUGCACGGGGCGGGGGUGUUAUGGCACUAUUAUGAUCCAAGAAGCUAUUAUUUUACCUGAGAAACAGAUUGAAUGAUUUAAUGCAAUUAUUCCUAGUUCACACAUUGGUCUGAUUGCUGCUUUGCUCUCAUCAACACUCGCAUUCUUCCUAUUUUCUGACCUGUUAUUUACUGAGAUGUAUAAAUCUUGUUUGUGUUCAAUGUACAGAAAUUAUUAUUAAACAGAAUCAGCUUUUAUCUUA